AUGACCCCUUGCGAAGGCAGCACUCCCUGCGAUGGCAGCCCUCCUCUCGAAGGCAGCUCUCAGUGCGAAGACAACACUCCUAGCGAAGGCAGCACUCCUUGUGAAGGCAGCACUCCUUUCGAAGGCGGUACUCCUUGCGAAGGCAGCACUCCUUUUGAAGGCAGCACUCCUAGCGAAGGCUGCACACCUUGCGAAGGCAGCACUUCAUGCGAAGGCACCACACCCUGCGAAUGCAGCUCUCUGCGCAAAGGCAGCACUCCGUGGGAAGGCAGCACUCCGUGCGAAGGCAGCACUCCGUGCGAAGGGAACACUCCUUGCGAAGGCAGCACUCCUUGCGAAGGCAGCACUCCUUGUGAAGGCAGCGCUCCUUUUGCAGGCAGCACUACUUGGAAUGCAGCACUCCUUGCAAAGGCAGUAUUCCCUGCGAAGGCAGCACUCCUUGCGAAGGCAGCACUCCUUGCGAAGGCAGCAUUCUGUGCAAAGGCAGCAACCCUUGCGAAGGCAGCACACUGUGCCAAGGCAGCACUCCUUGCGAAGGCAGCACUACAUGCGAUGGCAUCACUCCCAGCGAAAGCAGCACUCCGUGCGGAGGCGGCAAUCCAAGCGAAGGCAGCACUCCCUGUGAAGGCAGCACUCCUAGCAAAGGCAGCACUCCGUGUGAAGGCAGCACUCCUUGCGAAGGCAGCACUCCUUGCGAAGGCACCACUCCUUGCGAAGGCAGCACUCCUUGCGAAGGCAACAGUUCAUGCAAAGGGAGCACUCCUUGCGAAGGCAGCACUCCGUGUGAAGGCAGCACUCCUAGCGAAAGCACCACUCCUAGCGAAGGCACCACUUUUAGCGAAGGCACCACUUCUAGCGAAGGCACCACUCCUAGCGAAGGCAGCACUCCUAGCGAAUGCAGCACUCCUAGCGAAGGCAGCAUUCCCUGCGAAGGCAGCACUCCCUGCGAAGGCAGCACUCCUAGCAAAGGCAGCACUCCUUGCGAAGGCAGCACUCCUUGCGAAAGCAGCACUCCUUGCGAAAGCAGCACUCCUUGCGAAAGCAGCACUGUGUGCAAAGGCAGCACUCCUUGCAAAGGCAGCCCUCUGUGCAAAGUCAGCACUCCGUGCGCAGGCAGCACUCCUUGCAAAGACAGCACUCCUUGCGAAGGCAGCACUCCUUGCGAAGGCAGCACUUCUUGGAAGGAAGCACUCCUUGCGAAGGCAUCACUCCUUGCGAAGGCUGCACUCCUUGCGAAGGAAGCACUCCUUGCGAAGGCAGCACUCUGCAGCACUCUGUGCAAAGGCAGCACUCUGUGCAAAGGCAGCACUCUGUGCAAAGGCAGCACUCCUUGCGAAGGCAGCACUCCUUGCGAAGGCAGCACUCCUUGCGAAGGCAGCACUACGUGCGAAGGCAACACUCCUAGCGAAGGCAGCACUCCGCGCGAAGGCAGCACUCCUAGCGAAGGCAGCACUCUUAGCGAAGGCAACACUCCGUGCGAAGCCAGCACUCCCUGCCAAGGCAGCACUCCUAGCAAAGGCAGCACUCCUAGCAAAGGCAGCACUCUGUGCAAACGCAGCACUCUGUGCAAAGGCAGCACUCUGUGCAAAGGCAGAACUCUGUGCAAAGGCAGCACUCUGUGCAAAGGCAGCACUCUGUGCAAAGUCAGCACUCUGUGCAAAGGCAGCACUCUGUGCAAAGGCAGCACUCCUUGCGAAGGCAGCACUCCUUGCGAAGGCAGCACUCCUUGCGAAGGCAGCACUACGUGCGAAGGCAUCACUCGUAGCGAAGGCAGCAUUCCGCGUGAAGGCAGCACUCUAUGCAAAGGCAGCACUCACUGUGAAGGCAGCACUCCUUGCGAAGGCAGCACUCCUUGCGAAGGCAGCACUCCUUGCGAAGGCAGCACUCCUUGCAAAGGCAGCACUCCUUGCGAAGGCAGCACUCCUUGCGAAGGCAACAGUUCAUGCAAAGGGAGCACUCCUUGCGGAGGCAGCACUCUGUGCAAUGGCAGCACUCCCUGCAAAGGCAGCACUCUGUGCAAAGGCAGCACUCCUUGCGAAGGCAGCACUCCUUGCGAAGGCAUUUCUCCUUGCGAAGGCAGCACUCCUUGCAAAGGCAGCACUCCUUGCAAAGGCAGCACUCCUUGCAAAGGCAGCACUCCUGGCGAAGACAAAACCCCUUGCGAAGACAGCACUCCCUACAAAGGCAGCCCUCGUUGCGAAGGCAGCACUCCUUGCGAAGGCAGCACUCCUUGCGAAGGCAGCACUCCUUGCAAAGGCAGCACUCCUUGCAAAGGCAGCACUCAUUGGAAGGCAGCACUCGUUGCAAAGGCAGUACUCCCUGCGAAGGCAGCAGCACUUGCAAAGGCAUUACCCCUUGCAAAGCAGCACUCUCUGCGAAGGGAGCCCUUCUUGCGAAGGCAGCCCUCCGUGCGAAGUUAGCACUUCUAGCGAAGGCAGCACUCCUUGGAAGGAAGCACUCCUUGCGAAGGCAGCACUCCUUGCGAAGGCAGUAUUACUUGCGAAGGCAACACUCCUUGCGAAGGCAGCACUCCUUGCGAAGGCAGCACUCGUUGUGAACGCAGCACUCGUUGCGAAGGCAACACUCCUUGCAAAGGCAACACUCCCUGCGAAGGCAGCACUCCUUGCGAAGGCAGCACUCCUUGCGAAGGCAGCACUCUGUCAAAGGAAGCACUCCAUGUGA